UGUCCCGGGAGACGGUCGGAUGUGACGUCAUAUCUCCGCGCCAGCGAGAGCGACAAGUCGUCGGCGCUCUCAUGGGGAAGAAGACGCGGGUGGCCUCGGGCCGCAGACCCAUCCUCCAGCUCUCACCCCCGGGGCCCCGAGCGGCCGCUAUACGGGAGGGAGCCGGCUCUGGAUCAGACGAUGACGCAGACCCUCAGAAAGCACUAGGUCCGCCUGCCGCAGCGAAGGUGACAGGACUGCAGGCCACGGUAGUGAAGCCUACAGGUGGAUUAGGUCUGCUGGGAGCAUACACAGACAGUGACGAUGAGGACGGGGACACGACCGACAAAACGUUAUCGAGAACGAAAGGGAACACUUCUGCAGAUAUUGAUAGCACCUUGGCCAAUUUCCUCGCGGAAAUUGAUGCGAUUACUGCCCCUGCCCCUCCUGAUGGAAACUCUGGGCCACCAUCUCUUGUUCCCCCACCGACCCCUCCAAAACCAGAUCCAAAGGAUUCUCAUGGCUCAGCGUCUGCUGUGCAGAAUGGAUCUGGUCCCAGUGCAGCUGGUGAUAUAUGGCAUUACGACACUCAGUGCUCUCUAGCUGGAGUUGGAGUCGAAAUGGGAGAUUGGCAGGAAGUGUGGGAUGAAAAUACCGGAUGUUACUACUACUGGAACACGCACACCAAUGAAGUCGCCUGGGAGCUGCCCCUGUGCCUGGCGUCACAAGUGCAGGGUGCGCAAGGCUAUGGCAGCAGCGUUAAGGCUCCUGUGCCAUCGGGCACCGUUACAACAGAUUCUUUACCAGAGUUGAAAGAAGAAACUGCAGUGGUGGCAGUGGUCUCCAGUGUCAGCAGUGGGCCAGUGCUUGUGAAGAAAGAGCCAAAGAAGGAAGUCAAUGAAGCCAUUCAGGCCCUUUCCAACAAAGAGGAGGAGAAAGUCGGAGUGGCGGCAUCGCUCCUGGCACCACUUUUGCCAGAUAAGGUGAAGGAGGAAGAGGAACGCUGGCGGAAGAAGGUCAUCUGUAAAGAAGAUGUGGGUGAAGCAGCUUCUGAGGAUGAGGACGAUAUGGCCUGUACCGACGGAGAAGCUGCGGUAGACGACAAGGCUCAGGAUGAUAUCUGCAGCACUGUCCAGUCUGGAGAGAGUGAGGAAGAGAUGGAGGAGCAGGACAACUUGGAACUGGAACGAGUUUUGGAGAGAAGAAGGGCUGAGCUGAGAGCACUGGAGGAGGGAGACGUGAGUGUGUCCGGGUCCAGUCCACGCUCAGAUUUCAGUCAGGCCGAUGAAGCUCACAAGGCCAAACCUCUCCCCAGCAAGUGGAAGGUUUUUGUUCCCGUAGCCAGCCCUAGCUCGAGCCGCAGCUCCAGCAAAACGGGCCGAGACACGCCUGAAACUGAAAUGGGGGCUGAAGCUGCAGAGUGUCCGCUUCCUGUGAAGGAGCCCGAGAAUGAAAGUGUGAAGACAAACCCACCAACAAAACCUGCACAAGAAGAAGAAGAAGAUGAAGAAGAAGAUGACGAUGUGAAGUUACAGAUUGGAGAACUUGCUAACAACCUAAUCAGCAAAUUAGAAUUUCUGGGCAUCAACAGGCAGAAUGUGUCUAAUUUCCACGUCCUGCUUUUUCAGACUGAGACUCGGAUCUCAGACUGGCGGGAAGGCGCCCUCAGCGGAAGCUACUUGAAGCGCAAACUUCAAGACGCAUCAGAACAAAUAAAACACUAUGAAAUUAACGCCACUCCCAAAGGCUGGUCCUGCCACUGGGACAGGGAUCAUAGACGUUAUUUCUAUGUUAAUGAAAUCUCAGGAGAGUCGCAGUGGGAGUUUCCCGAUGUGGAAGAGGAGGAGUCGGCACCCAAUAAUAAAACGGAAGCAGCCUCUAAACUGGCUGAAAGGGACAAAAUCCCAGGUGCCCCAGCUCUUCCUCCAGAACCUCCAGCGCCUUUAGCAGAAUCUGUUUCUACUAAACCUUCAGUUGCAGCUAAUGUGCCGGCUUCAUAUUACUGGGAGUUUAUGCAGCCACCUCUGCCUUUAGAAGCCCCUCUUCCACCGCCGCCACCUCCUCCUGAUUCACCCCCUCCUCCUCCUCCACCUCCACCUCCACCUCCACCCCCACCUCCCCCUUCCUCACCACCCCCUACUCCCCCAGUGGAAGAUUGCGAGAUAGAAGAGGUUGAAAUGGAAGAUGAAGAUUGCGAGGAACCUCCCGUCCCCGGAACAGAAGCUAUGCUUGUGAAAUGUGGGAAUUCUGAGGUCCCAGCAGCUAAGGCAUCAGGAAAAGUCGCGAAAAGGAAGGCAACCGAUAUUUUCGGAGAGCAGUCUAUAACUAUUGGAAGUUGUCCUGUUCUCUACACUCAGCAGUCCAUCGCAGCAGCUCCUGUUAUGACUGCUGUGAGCGUCCCCACCAAUUACAUGGGACUUCCGCUACAAGUCCCUUCUUCUGUUGUGAUGAGCAGCCUAGACUAUACCAUUCCAAGCAGCAAUAUCGUGCCCUCCAUACAGCAUGCUAUGCCACUUCCCUCUUUGCCCGCUUCUACGGCCCCAGAGCCACAGCUUUCGCCAUCACAGAUCCAAGCACCUGCAAGCAAACCUCCGCCCACAGAGAAGCUGAAAAAGAGCAAAAAAGUAAAGGUAAAGAAGAGCAAAGUGAAAAUGCCCUCCCUGGUGCAGAAGUGGCAGAACAUUCAGAAGGAAUUGGAUGAGGAGGAGAAUUCCAGCUCCAGUGAUGAGGAUCGCGGCGUCCAGAACAAGAAACGCAUUGAAGAAUGGAAGAUGCAGCAGUUGACCAGUGGCAUGGCAGAGAAGAACGCUAACUUUGAGGUCCUUCCUGCAGAUUGGAGACAGAGAUUAAAGAGGAGGAAAAUGGCUUCCAGCACAACCUCCUGACCACCACUCAGGAUCCUGGACAAUUGCCACACACAUGACACUGUAAAAAAAAAUAUAUAUAUACACGUUUCCUUCACCAUGGUGUACUUGUGCUGAGCUUUAGGAAUGUAGGUUUUAGUAAUUUCUCCGGAUCGCCUGUCUGUUGUGACACGCGUUCGGCUGCCUUUUCAUUUUGUCCAAGACCAGGACUUGUCAUUUGCGUUCUCUCUUCCCUAUGGUAACGUACAUUCCUUCAUUGUACCAUCUACUUUUCCAAAUCGGUUUUGAGAGCUGCUGGAGCAUUUCUUAGGAUACUGGCUUCCAGCGGUUAGAAAACGACAACUCCUAAAAUGCUGGAGGUUGUAGUUUUUGCAACAACUGUCAUUUGCCCUUUUAGUACAUCCAUGCACAGAUUAAGACGGAAGCAAUUCUUGCAAGGAUCAGAUAAUGGGAUUCUGUUGGAGGGAAGAAGAAACUAGAGGUAGGUUCACAUCUGCAGCAGGUAAAUCUGGUACUCUGUUCUGGCAGAGGAGCAGACAGCCAUUACCAUCGCCAGGUCUCCAUUCAUUGUAAUGGUUUCUGGCAUAAAUGCCCGCAUUCUACAAGAAAAUAUAGCCACAUGCGGCAGUAUUUUUCUGGCAGAACGCUGCGAACCAGUCGGAUCCCAUUAUGGUGAAUGGGGAUCCGGCUGUACCCACCUGUGCCUGAUACAGUAACUCCAGGAGUCAGCUCCCUUGCUGAAACAGAUGCGAAUCUACCCUUACAAUUUGCCUAUAGGUUUGUGAGCUGAGACAUAAUCAUGACUGUGCAUACACUAAGAAUCAUUGCAGCACCUCUGUCCAUAGAGAUUGGGAGUGAAGGGCAGAUCCGCCGCCUACACACAGUCAAAAGCAGCAGCAAGGGGCAACGCUUCAAUGGAAGUCAUGG